GCCAGCUGUCUGUCAAGAAGAGAAGAAAACACUGUUCAGCAGCGGGUUAACAUGGCAUUUGGAAUGCUAAUCUAUAUUUUGUUAAAAGCAAUGGUAGCACCGGGUGAAGAGGCCGCUAGCACUGUUUCAUCGCUAACCACAGACUUCUGGAAUAGCUGGGCAAAAAAUGCCACAGAAGACUACUCAGAGGAACCUGUUGCACUGAAGCUUAUACAGUCCUGCCUUGAAGAGCACAACAGUUAUUGUAUUAAUGGCCUCUGUGCUUUUCAUAAUGAACUCAAGAAACCCAUAUGCAGGUGCCUGACAGGUUACAACGGAGAAAGAUGUGAGCACUUGAUAUUAAAUUCUUAUGUGCUUAAUUCUUAUGACCGCUAUAUUGCCGUGGGUAUUGGCGCUGGAAUAGUUCUGAGCGGGAUCGUUGCUCUAAUCUAUUGCUAUGUAAGAAAGAGAUGCAGGAAGUUGAAAUCGCCAUACAAAGUCUGAACCGGGGCAGCGACAUUGUGAAGCUCUGGCACAGGCCCCUGAUGGACGUGACUGUGAAUUAGAGGUGGUUCGACGCUGAAAGAACUUCCAGUGCCAACAAAAUACUAGCAGGUGCCACGCCUUGCCUGAUAACCGGAGACAAUGGAAAUCAAAUAGCUGCUCAGCCUAGCCUUCUUCUGGCUACCCAGGAGCCUACUCUAUGGCCCUGGGCCAUGUGAAUACUGCAGAUUUGACAAGUGAGUUAAAUGCAAUUUGCGUUUCUUUGCCACAGUGGAUAAAGGCAAGAAAUCUUUGGACUGGGAGAUGAGUGAGCACAGAAAAGAUAGAAUUAAAACGAAUGACAUCUCUUUUCACAUGGACUCUGAAAGUGUACCUUUAACCUAGCAGCUCCCCGCACUCCCAGACUUGUCAGCCAGAUGUCUUCUCACCCAGUGAUGGACGCUGCUGGACAAGAGGAACAAGACUGGAGCUGCUAUAGAAGGAAGCUUCAAUUUUGUUGUAACGACCCAUUAACACAGUUCUACCCAGCGAGAUUGACUCUCAUGGAGUAUAUCGUAUUUCACCAUCAACGCAUGAAAUGGACAAAGGAAAUGUGCUCAAAAUAUGACCGUAAUAUGCUUUGUUUUUCUUCAUCACACUCAAAAGAUGUCUUCAGAUGAGAUUUGUUCUGGGGAAAUCAAAUGGAUUCAGAGGACAAUGGUUUUUGAAAGACUUUGCAGCUUCGAACCAUGGGUUUUGGAAUUAAGAGGCUGAUCAUUUUCAACAUUGCUCAGAAGGGGGUUCGUUUCAGGCACACUGUUCAUUGUGGAUCCAGAUUUCAGCUGCAUUUAGACCCCUGGGGGGGAGGGAGGGAGGGAAGGCAUUCAAGUGCCUAAAUGUGUAAGGGCAGAUUUGUAGACAGAAUUUGCCUUUUGAAAAUUGGGCUUUCUUGUGAUGGGUAUUCACUUUUUCCAAGUGGUGUGUGCCAUGUUUUAUUUAUGUAAUGUGCACUAGUGCUCACUGCAAAUGAUCUAAGAAAAGGUCCAGUUUAAAAGGGGAAAUGUGCAUUUUGACCACCGUCCUAUAGCACGACUUGAUUAGAAAUGCCAAUGUAAAAUGAAUUUAGUGGCAAGGAGUUUGCCGUUCAUUUCCUUUAGGUGUCAGAGAGCAUUGCACAAGGUAUAUUGGUUUGGUUUUCCAUAGCCCUGCCUUGCUAGUCUCCAUGUUCUCCAUGUCCUCGUUAAACACUCUAGCUGUCUUGUUAAUUAUCUUACAUUAUUUUUUUUCUAUAGUUUGAAGGGCAAUUUCUGUUCUCACAAUUGUUCUGUUCAGAGUAAAUUUAUCAGCCUGAAUCAUUUUCCUUUGGCUUUGUAUGUUUGCAGUGGGAGCAAAAUUUGGCUCAGAACAAUUAAAUCAUUUGGGCAAAUUCUGCAUGUUCAAAACCUGUGCUCAGCCUGGAGACACAAUGGGUUGGACAUUUUUUCACCAAUUCUGAUCUCUCCCAUGAAAAUGGCAAUGGUCUCACGGGUCAAAGGAAAAAGACCUCAUGUUUGUAUGGAUUUGUCUGUUUACACAGCAAUGGUCUAUAUGUACACACACACAUGCCUUAUGCAGAUUGCACUUGAUUUGAUCUGUGUCCAGAAUUGCUGCAUGCCAGAAUAUAGACCUACAUUAACAAGCCUUUUGAAGUAUGGAUGUUUUGUGUCACGAACACCAGCAACUUAUAACCUUAAAAGGUUUACACAGAGAGAUGUGCUUUUGUUUGUUUUAACAUCCUGGC